AACUCCUGGGCUCAAGCAAUACUUUCACCUCGGCCUCCCAAAGUGCUGAGUUUACAGAUCUUCAUAAACAAUGAGUGGCAUGACGCUGUCAGCAAGAAAACAUUCCCCACGGUCAAUCCAUCCACGGGUGAGGUCAUCUGUCAGGUAGCUGAAGGGGACAAGGAAGACGUGGAUAAGGCAGUGAAGGCUGCCCGGGCCGCCUUCCAGCUGGGCUCACCCUGGCGCCGCAUGGAUGCAUCCCACAGGGGCCGACUGCUGAACCGUCUGGCCGAUCUGAUUGAGCGGGACCGGACCUACCUGGCGGCCUUGGAGACGCUGGACAACGGCAAGCCCUAUGUCAUCUCCUACCUAGUGGAUUUGGACAUGGUUCUCAAGUGUCUUCGAUACUAUGCUGGCUGGGCCGACAAGUACCAUGGGAAAACCAUUCCCAUCGACGGAGACUUCUUCAGCUAUACCCGCCAUGAACCCGUGGGGGUGUGCGGGCAGAUCAUCCCAUGGAACUUUCCACUCCUGAUGCAAGCGUGGAAACUGGGCCCAGCCUUGGCAACAGGAAACACGGUUGUGCUGAAAGUGGCUGAGCAGACACCCCUCACCGCCCUCUACGUAGCCAACUUGAUCAAGGAGGCCGGCUUUCCCCCUGGAGUGGUCAAUGUUGUUCCUGGAUUUGGCCCCACAGCUGGGGCCGCCAUCGCCUCCCACGAGGAUGUGGACAAAGUGGCAUUCACAGGCUCCACAGAGAUCGGCCGCGUAGUCCAGGUUGCUGCCGGAAGCAGCAACCUCAAGAGGGUGACCCUGGAGCUGGGGGGGAAGAGCCCCAACAUCAUCAUGUCAGAUGCAGAUAUGGACUGGGCUGUGGAGCAGGCCCACUUUGCGCUGUUCUUCAACCAGGGCCAGUGCUGUUGUGCCGGCUCCCGGACCUUCGUGCAGGAGGAUGUCUACGAUGAGUUUGUGGAGCGGAGCGUCGCCCGGGCCAAGUCUCGAGUGGUCGGGAACCCCUUUGACGGCAAGACGGAGCAGGGGCCACAGCGCCAUGCCCUUGCCACCACAGUCACCUCAAACACCGAUUUCCUGCCCGUGACUGCCAUCGCGGGUGACUUCGCAGUCCCCCCAUUCUGCUUCAGGCCUCAGCCCGUGCGGCGCGCCUGGAGCCAGCUGGCGGCAGAACCCAGGAGUGACCACCGCGGGGGACAUGUAUCUAGGCUUGGAGAGACGGGGCAAGAUGGCGACGGCAUAG